AUGAUUUUAAGAAUGAUAAACAUUUAUGGUUUUUGUAGCAAUAACUAUAAUUAUCAUAAGAUUGUUGGAACACUUCCAGGAAGAGAUAAUAAAGAAUUAAAGGAGAAUUUAGAAAAAUUCACUAGAAUUUAUUAAUAGGUUGAUUUAAGGUAAAUUUAGAGAGAAUAGAUUCAGAAAUAAAGUUUAAAAUUUAUAUAGUAGAAUAUAGAAGCAAGAUAAUUUGGAGAGGAAUCUUAAGUUAUUUAGAAGGUAUUUAGAGUUAUUAUGAUAGAGAGAAGAAUAAUUAAGUAUCUAUUUGAAAAUGAUGGGAAUAUUCUUUUUUGGAAUGUUGAUAUAUUUAGGAAAAGAUACAUAUACAUUUUUGAAGAAUCCUCGAAAUGUACUAUUAUAUGAUGAGAAUACAGGAAAAACAUACUACACAACAAAAGCAGAAUUUGAAAAGAUUAAAGCUGGGGAAAAAAUAAACAAAGAAUAUAAAGAGUUUAGAUUUAAGGUUUUAUCUAAAUAGUAAGAUUAAAAAGAGUUAAAAAAAGAUAAAGAUUCAUUAUUUUGA